GCAAGCGUGUUUGUUUGUGGCGGCUUGCCAUAUGCUGCAGCCACAAUGCAAUGGAUGGCGACAACUGCGCGAUGACCACCUUCCGAACCAGGUUUCGGAGGCACUGUGUCGUUCUCUAGUUGUGGGAGGUGUUGCCUCCGUUGCGAAGUGUCAAUUUGGCAGGCAUACAGCGCACGACCAUGUGGGUUCUACCAACCCGAGCGUCACGAGGGAACCAGAUGCUGGCAGCAAGAAGCACAAGCCAUGCACCUGCGGUAUCCGACUGGCACCCCACACUGGCAGGCUGGCGCAGAUGCCGGGUGGAACAACAGGUUUGGUGGGACCAUGGAUUCGUGGGACCAGAACUGUCAGCGCUGUGAAGUGCAGCCCUCGCAUUGCUGGUCGUCAGCUUGCAAGUGCCGCACAUCCAACUAUGGCACCGGUAGACCUGGCCAAACUUUCCGACAAGGAUCCCGCGCAGAUUCAAAAUCACAGACGGCGGCGGCGCGCUUGAAGGCCUUGGAGCUGGAGCACCAAGAGCUCAGGCGUCAGCUGCAGCUGCUGCCGCAGCGCGAGAAGAAGAGCCAGGACUGCCGCUGCGAAGGUAGUUGUGGGAGCCGCUGUGCAGCCACAACCAAGAGCAGGUCACGGAGUGCAUGCGGAGCUGGGCCACAAAGCCAGAACGGGCGCAGUUUCGCCACUCACCGGGACCGGACAGCUGGGCGUGAGGUCUUGCAGGAGAAGAGCACUGCCAAUGCCGGGCACGCGAAUGGCGCGGGUCGGAAGGUGGUUCCAACCUUUGCAAGCGAGACCCCCUUGGACCAGAGGACUCAGAACAACUUGCAGGACGGCCAGUGUGUCUACAACGGCUUCAGUCAGCAGGACAUGUACGACUUGCCCCAGCAGGUCGGACAGCUUUAUCAAGAGCACCAGGACGUUGAGUACCAGUACCAAGACAAUUCCUCAUUUGUUCCAUCUCCAUCACCCAUGAUGCCUGACCUGCGGCAGAUGCCACGUGCUGUUUGCCCAACUCCAUAUGCCCUUGGUUCCGUGUGUGGCCGUGGGGAGCGCGAGCUCCCUGGCUGGCGGAGCUGUCAGGACAGCAACGAGAUUUUGGGCACGUGCGCGGAGAUCAUCAACUCAACUGCGCGCUACAUCUACGAUGUGCUCAAGAGCCGUGAUGUCAACCAGCGCGGUCCGCUGAAGAUCCUGUCCGCAGCAGAUGGCUGUGCAGAUGACACCUUGCAAGAAGCACAGGCCCGGUAUGUGCCGACGAGUGUCAUGUUGGCACACGCAUUUGCCGCAUGCACUGGCGGAUGGUCAGAUUGGGGGACAAAGAUUCGAGUCUACGGUGGCGAUGUCCGAAAUCCAAUCAUGCCGUUUUGGCAGCCGCAAGCACUGCCUUGGCAGCUUCCCAUGUUUUUGGAGCAUCGCUUCCUUUCGCUGGACAAUACGAAGGACUUCGCCCCACAGCUCUACAACGGCCAGUGCGAGGCCGGCCAGCUCUUUGACGCGGUUUUGCUACGGCAAGGUCUGUGCUUUUGUGACGAUCCGUCCAAGAUCUCGGGCUCUUGGCCGUUGGAAGUCAGCCUCUCCUGCAAGUCCUGCAUCAACUGCCGCACCUCCCUCCAUUUGGACGGGCAACAGGAGCAGACGCCUGUGAGAAUGACUGCCAUUUGUGGUGUAUAUAGGCUCGAGCCUUUCCUUUGCGAAAAUCGAGCAGCCUAUCGAUUAGGCCGCUGUGUGCUGCGUUGGUGCCCGGACCGACUGGAAUGGGCCAUCCUUGAUGAUGCAGACGGCGGAGCAUGGGCUUAUGCUCGUGGAGAUCUUGGCCAUCCCACCUUGUCACGAGGGCCGUGGACAGUUUGGGAUGGACACAACCAUGUCUCGGAUGCAAGCUUUGCGUGCAACCUGGUCCAGCCGACUGCAUCGCCCCCGUGGCACUUGAUGCCGCAGCAGCGCAUGGUCUGCGCCGGUGUCACUGGCGAUGCGGAAAGUGUGAUUCGGCUCCUUUGUCGCGUUGCAGCAAUUCUGGACACGACCAAGCCCGACUCCUUCGGCUUGCUGCACGGCGCUUGGACAAAUGGCACGCAGGUGGAAGUCGAACAGCUGCACAGGCAAUUGACGGAUGCCGUGCAGAUCUACAACGACCGCCGUGCGGCGUCUGGAGGUUUUCCUUUGCAUGCAGCAUGCCUGCUUUGGCGUACUGCUGCGACUCAAUACUGGCUUCAAUGCGAUGGCAUCAUGCUUUUCCAGCCUGGGAGCUAUGCAGAUCCUUACCGAACGUAUGGCUCAAUCGCACUAGUUUGAAGCGAGUGUGUGACCUGAGGGGUGAUCAUGGUAUUCUUGCAACCAAGCCCA